AGGAUUUGUUUCUUUCCUCUUCACACUGGGAACAAAAGGUUCUAAGAGAACUCAGUAGCCACCUGCCACUUUGAUGAAGUUUAAACAUUUGAAAGUUUUUUGAGCCCUGAUCUUUGAAAAUUUACAGUCUAGAACAGGGAAUUUUACUUCCAGGGGGAGUGAUGUUGAACCAUGGAGGUGGUAAGAAUAGCAUUCCCCUGAAGAUGGAUGCUCUCCAAAGGCCUCGGGAGUUAGUCAAUAUAUGUAUCAUGUCUCACCAGUUCCUAAAUAUGUUUUACAAGAUCUGUGCUUUUUCAGUGUGUGAAUGCAAAUAUGUUCCCAGUCACUGAUGCAAUGGGUAUUCAGGAUAUGAAAGCUGCUAAAAUCAGAGCAUCUCUUCUCAGCCUGAACAAAUAUUAACCUGCUCCAGUUUUACCCUAAACUCCAAUUCGAUGGCUUGCAGUGAUUUUAUGUUGGGCUAGAUUAGAAGGUUUGUGUUUAUGUAAUAAAGAAAUUCCCCUUUUAGAAGGGACAUAUGCUUCAGGUUGCUUCCUGUGAAUUUUUAUUUUUUUUCCCUGAGCAGGCAAAUUAUUUUUGGAUGGUUUCUCCCACUGCAACCCCCAGCUCCCAGGCUCUGCUGCCUUUCUCUGAGUCAAACCCCAGUUAUGUUUCUGCAGCAAGAAAUAUCCUCCUGUUCUUGUGUAACGGUGUUCCCCCCUUGCAGCAAGUGCUUCAUUAGGAGGCAGCAUCUGCGCUUGAAGUGUGGGAAGAAGGUGUGUUUGACGCUUUGUAGUGAGUAAGCAGGCUCCAGCAGAAGCUAAUGUUUUUGCAGCCUUAUUUUGGAUUUUAUCAGCAACUAUGAAGCAAAACCUGAUAGUUUAUUCAGAGGCCUCCUUGUCUUGUUUGAAGACGUUCCUCACCAGCGUCACAGGGAGCUCUGGGAACUCUUUCCUUUCUCCGAACUGUGGACAUGGGUGGCAAACAGUCCACGAGUGGCGACGUCUCCGUCACCCAGACCCCUGUGACAGAAAGCAUCCAGGAUGCCUACAAAGCUGGGGACACCAGCAAGGCCCAAGAGUUGAUUAGGUUGUCCUGUGAGGAGACUGCACUGCAAGUGGAAAAGUGUCAGCUUUUAGGCAUUGCAGCAGCAUAUGGGGAUCUGCAGGCAGUGAGGUACCUGCUGAAGGAGGCGUUGGUGGUGUUACCAACAGAGCCCAACGAUGACAAUGCAGCGGUGGUGGCUGCGUAUUUUGGGCACAAGGACAUCGUGAAAGAGCUGCUGGAUUCCCUGCGUGGUCCUAAUACUUGCCAGCAGCUCCUGAACUGGAUGCUGGCCAUAGCCUGCCAGCAGGGCCAUUUGGACAUUGUCAAGCUCCUGAUCCGUGCCUACAGUGCUGACCCAGAGAGCUGUGCAGUCAGGAGGAACGAGUUCCCCGUCCUCAUCCGCCUGCCCCUCUACGCUGCUAUCAAGGCAGGGAAUGAGGAUGUAGCCGUGUUUUUGUUGCGGAAUGGAGCUUUCUUUUGUUCCUACAUCCUGAUGGACAGUCCUGAAUCCAGCAAACACCUUCUGAGGAAGUAUUUCAUUGAGACAACCCCACUACCAGGUAGUGCUCCAGCAAAAACAGCUUUGUGUGUGAACUGGUCAAACCUCAAACUGCCCUGGGUGGAUCUAGACUGGCUGAUUGAUAUCUCCUGCCAGAUAACUGAGCUUGAUCUCUCUGCCAACUGCCUGGUGUCCCUCCCCUCCGUGAUCCCAUGGGGGCUGAUCAACCUGAGGAAGCUCAGCCUGGCUGACAACCAGCUGACAGAGUUACCCAGUGUGCAGUCCUCUGAUGAGAUCAUUUGUACAAGGUUACUUGAGGUUGAUGUAUCCAGCAACAGGCUCUCCACUCUUCCUACUGGAUUCCUACAUCUUAAAAACCUUAAAAAACUCACUGCUUCCAAAAACUACAUGGAGAAGUUGUUUGACGAGGAAAACACAACUAAUUGGAUUGGUUUAAGGAAGCUGCAGGAGUUUGACGUCUCUGACAACAGGUUGGUGGAACUUCCAACGGUUUUUCUAUACUGCUUCAAGUCCCUAAACAUACUGAAUGUUUCCAGAAAUCAGCUGAAAGUGUUUCCAGACCCCUGGGCCUGCCCCCUGAAAUGUUGUAAAGCAUCUAGAAAUGCACUGGAAUUCCUACCUGAUGCAUUGACUGUGUUCUGGAAAAAUCACCUGAGAGAAGUGGAUUUUUCUGAGAAUUCACUGAAAGAAGUUCCAGCAGGACUCUUCCAGCUUGAAGCUUUGGUGUCCCUGAAGCUGCUGGGAAAUCAGUUAGUUACGUUGCCUUCACAGGAUAAGUGGAAUUGCAAACAACUUAAGUCUCUGGAUCUUUCAAAAAACCAGCUUGGGAAGAGCGAUGAGGGGUUUAAAACGAAGAGGAUCCCCUUUUUCACCACGAAGAACAGGGUGCGUGGUGGCCCCGAGGCAGGUCCUUUUUUGGAGUUUCCAGCAUUUCUGAGCGAUUCUCUGGAGGUUCUUUAUCUGAACGACAAUCAGCUGGACUCCGUCCCGCAGUCCGUUUGCCUCCUGAAAGGUUUAACAGAGCUUUAUUUAGGAAAUAACCCUGGUAUCCGAGAGCUUCCUCCAGAACUUGGACAGCUGGCUAAUCUCUGGCAGCUGGAUAUCGAGGAACUAAAUAUCAGUAACGUUCCUGCAGAGAUCAGAAAAGAGGGCCCCAAGACGGUGCUGGCGUAUUUACGAGCGCAGCUGCGGCGGGCAGAGAAGUGCAAGCUGAUGAAGAUGAUCGUCAUCGGGCCCCCCCGGCAGGGCAAGUCCACGCUGGUGGAGAUCCUGCAGACAGGGAAGGUGCCCCAGAUGAUGCACAGCGAGGCCACCAUCCGCACAACCAAGUGGGAGCUGCCCAAGCCCGUGGGGCACAAGGCGAAGGUUGAUUCAGUGGAGUUCAAUGUCUGGGAUAUCGGAGGCCCAGCGAGCAUGUCUACAGUCAAUCAGUGUUUCUUCACAGACAAAGCAUUGUACAUAGUGGUCUGGAACUUGGCACUGGGGGAAGAAGCUGUGGCAAACUUACAGUUCUGGUUGCUGAACAUUGAGGCCAAGGCUCCAAACUCAGUGGUGUUGGUGGUGGGAACACACCUUGAUCUGAUUGAGACGAAAUUCCGUGUGGAGAGGAUAGCAACCCUGAGGGCCUAUGUCCUGGCUCUGUGUCGCUCUCCCUCUGGAUCCAGAGCAACUGGCUUCCCAGAUAUCACCUUCAAGCACCUGCAUGAGCUCUCGUGUAAGACUCUGGAAGGCCUCGAGGGACUGCGGCAGCUGAUUUUUCACGUCACCUGCAACAUGAAGGAUGUUGGCAGCUCAAUUUGCUCCCAGAAACUUGCAGGGAGAUUGAUACCAAGGAGUUACCUCAGCCUCCAAGAAGCUGUCCUUGCAGAACAGCAUAGAAGAAGUCAAAAUGAUGAUGUGCAGUAUUUAACAGACAGACAAAUAGAGCUGAUGAUCGAGCAAACACCUGGAAAUGAUAUCAAAGACUAUGAAGACUUGCAAACUGCCAUUAAUUUUCUCAUAGAAACAGGGACACUGCUGCACUUCCCAGACACGAGCCACGGCCUGAGGAACCUCUACUUCCUUGACCCUGUCUGGCUCUCAGAGUGUCUGCAGAGGAUUUUCAACAUCAAGAGCUCCAAGUCUGUGGCUAAGAAUGGAGUCAUCAGAGCAGAGGACCUCAGGAUGCUGCUGGUUGGGACAGGUUUCACCGAGCAGACUGAAGAGCAGUACUUCCAGUUCUUGGCCAAGUUUGAGAUUGCCUUGCCUGUGGCCAAUAACAGCUACCUCCUCCCUCAUCUGCUUCCUACCAAGCCGGCGUUAGAUAUCCAUGGGCUCUGCCACCAGACCACAAACACGGUCCAGAGGGUCUUCAAGAUGAGCUUUGUCCCCGUUGGCUUUUGGCAAAGGUUCAUAGCCCGGAUGUUAAUUAGCCUGGCAGAGAUGGACCUCCAGCUCUUUGAAAACAAGAAGAACACCAAGACAAGAAACAAAAAGGUGACCAUCUACAGCUUCACAGGCACCCAAAGGAACCGCUGCAGCACGUUCCGAGUCAAAAGGACUCACACGGUUUACUGGCAGGAAGGUCUGUUCGUUACCUUUGAUGGAGGCUAUCUUAGCGUCGAGUCUUCUGAUGUGAACUGGAAAAAGAAAAAAAGUGGUGGAAUUAAAAUAAUUUCCCAGUCAGAAGUGAGAGACUUUUCAGCCAUGGCAUUCAUCACGGAUCAUGUCAACUCUUUGAUAGACCAGUGGUUCCCUGCCCUCACAGCCACGGAGAGCGACGGCACGCUGCUGAUGGAGCAGUAUGUGCCCUGCCACAUCUGUGCAGCUGCCAGGCCUGAGCAGCGCGAGGGCGGCGAGAGGGCGGAGGACGCGCAGUACUUCAACAUGGAGGAUUGUGUCCUGACUGCCAUCGAGCUGGACUACAUCACGUGCCCCAACCACCCUGACAUCCCUGUGUCGCUCCAAGAGCUGGUCCCAGAGCUUUUCAUGACCGAUUUUCCUGCCAGACUGUUCCUGGAAAAUAGCAAACUGGAAUGCAGUGAAAAUGAAAACAACGUUCUUGGCCAGGGUGGAAGUGGAACUGUUAUAUAUCGGGCACGAUACCAAGGAAAACCAGUGGCUGUGAAGAGAUUUCAGAUUAAAAAAUGCAAGGGUUCUCCCACUUCAGCUGCAGAUACCAUGCUGAAGCACCUGCGGGCCAUGGAUGCCAUGAAGAACUUCUCAGAGUUCCGCCAGGAGGCCAGCAUGCUGCACUCCCUGCAGCACCCCUGCAUCGUGUCCCUCAUCGGCAUCAGCAUCCACCCGCUCUGCUUCGCCCUGGAGCUGGCCCCGCUGGGCAGCCUCACCACUGUCCUGGCUGAGAACUCCAAAGGGUCCUCCUUUGUGCCGCUGGGACACAUGCUGACACACAAAAUAGCCUACCAGAUCGCCACAGGCCUGGCCUACCUGCACAAGAAGAACAUCAUCUUCUGCGACCUCAAGUCAGACAACAUCUUGGUGUGGUCCCUGGACGUCAGGGAGCACAUCAACAUCAAGCUCUCUGACUACGGCAUCUCGCGGCAGUCGUUCCACGAGGGCGCGCUGGGCGUGGAGGGCACCCCAGGCUACCAGGCCCCCGAGAUCCGGCCCCGCAUCGUCUACGACGAGAAGGUGGACAUGUUCUCCUAUGGGAUGGUUCUGUACGAGCUGCUGUCCGGGCAGCGACCUGUGCUGGGGCACCACCAGCUCCAGAUUGCAAAGAAACUGUCCAAAGGGAUCCGUCCUGUGCUGGGGCAGCCCGAGGAGGUGCAGCUCUACAGGAUGCAGGCACUCAUGAUGGAGUGUUGGGACACUAAGCCAGAAAAGCGUCCCCUGGCCAUCUCUGUGGUGGGGCAGAUGAAAGAUCCAACCUUUGCAACGUUUAUGUACCUGCUGCCCUGUGGGAAGCAAUCUUCCUUCUUCUGCUCCCCGGGGCAGGAGUACACGGUGGUGUUCUGGGAUGGGAAGGAGGACACCAGGAACUACACGGUGGUGAACCUGGAGAAGGGAGUCAUGGAAGUGCAGAGGAUGAGCUGCCCAGGAAUGAAGCUGUGCUGCCAACUCAAGUUUCAGAAUGCCCUGUGGGCAGCCACGGAGGACCAGAAGAUUUCUGUGUAUGGAUUGCAGGGCAUGUGUCCCUUGAAGACUCCACUGAAGGGUUUAGACACUCCUGCCACUGUGAGCUGCUUCCUGGUGAUUCCUCUUGUCAAAAGGAACUCAUAUGUGGUGCUGGCUGGCUUGUCAGAUGGACUGGUAGCCGUGUUUUCAGUGUCCCAGGGCCUGCCGGGGGACAACUGCUCCUACCUGUGCUCGCACACAGCCAACAGGUCCAAAUUCAACAUCCCCGACAGCGACCCGCGGCAGAACCCGUACCCGGUGAGGGCCAUGGAGGUCACCAACAGCGGGGCCGAGGUGUGGUACAGCAACGGCCCCGGGCUGCUCGUCAUCGACUGCGCCUCCAUGGACAUCAGCAGGAGGCUGGAGCCCUUCAGCCCGCCCUCCACCAUUGCAUCCAUCGCCUGCAACUCCGAGUGCCACGGCGAGGAGGUGGUCUGGUGCCUGGACAGCCAAAGCAACUUCCUGGUGAUGUACCACGCCAGCAGCUACCAGCUCUGCGCGCGCUACUUCUGCGGGGACUGCAGCCCCCUCAGGGACAUGUUCACCAUCCAGCAGCCCUCGGCUGCCAUCCCGGCCACGGCCCCCAUCGGCCACGGGGUGAUGGAGAACAACCCUGCGGGGGACAUGAGCAUCCUGUACAGCCCAGACGUGGGCACCCAGAUCCUGAACCACCAGGACUCGCUCACAGAUUACUGCUCUGUGUCUUCCUACUCCUCCUCGCCUCCCAACGCGGUGACCCGCUGCCCCUCCAGCCUGCCCAGCUCGCCCACGAGCUCUUCCAGUGCACCCUUCUCCACGGAUUUUGAGGAGUCUGAGAAAUUCCACGAGCUGAAGGCUUCCCUGGACCACGAUGCUUCGCCUGUGGGUGACAACACGGAACAUCUCCAAGCAGUCAAGAUUCUUCCUGUAAAAGACCUCAUCUGGAUCCCCAGGAGAGGAGGGGACAUCAUCGUUAUCGGGCUGGAGAAGGAAUCGGGCACCCAGCGGGGCAGAGUGAUCGCGGUGCUGAAGGCGGGGGAGCUGGCUCCCUACGGGACGCUGGUGGACGCGGCUCUCGUAGCGAAGGACACGGUGGUGUGCUGCUUUGAGAAUGACAACAUGGAGAGGUGCCUGGCUGUCUGGAGGGGCUGGAGUGCCAGAGACUUUGACAUUUUCUACCAGGCCUACGAGGAGCUGGGCAGGCUGGAGACCUGCAUGCGCAAGAGAAGGUAGUGCCCGUGGCGCUGCACCGUCCUGGACUCGGAGACACGGCCCCCACCGGGGCUGGUGGGGGGACUGUGUGUAUCUGGUUUGCUGCUAGAGAGCACCGUGGGGUUCCCAAAGCCCCACCAGGGCUUUUGGGGAAUGAAGAAGCUGUGAGCAGGGCUGGGACAGGGCUGGGAGCUGGGCCAGCUCUCGGCUCCCUGCUCCGUCACACGCUCCCCUGCGCUGCUGAGAGCAAAGGUGGCUGCAGUUCUGCUCAUCCCCUGAUUUCCAGUUUGUUCUUCCCCGUUUUGAAUUCCUUCCUCACCUUCAGCAUGCCCUGGCUGCUGCUGCUGCUGUUGUUGUGUGUGUGUCAGCCAGGAGAGCUCCGUGGGCUCUGCCCUGGGUGUCUGAGCACGUUCCAGUCCCGGCUGCCUGCUGGCCGGCAGCAUGGGCACCGUGGGCUGAUUCACCCUGUUCCCAGGAGGAAUGCAUCUGCUGGAAACCCUGCACUGUGGGGCAGCUUCCCACCCCCCUGCAACUCCAUUAGUUAGAGUGUGUGUCCUACUUCAGGUGUAGUUCUUGUGUAGAGGCACCCUGGUGUAGGAACCAGUGAGAAGCUGUGGCUGGCCACUGCAUUUCUGGUUCCUAAAAGCUGUAGUGGUGCAGUGUUCCUGUGAGGGAGCCCAAAACAACCUGCCAGGAAUGCUGCACCAGGAGUGAGUGAGCUGGCUCAUGGCACUGCUACCUUGUCAAUGGAGCUGAUGGAAAACAAAGCCACUGGCUGUGACAGAUAUUCCUGAUGGAAAAGAAGGGAGCCCCUGACCAGGAAGGUUUAUAAGCUGUCUCUGCUCCACUCCUGUUUCUCUUGGGAAGUGCACUCUGGAGCAGCAGGAACACAAUAAGCUCAGUUUGCCUGUGUAUCUGUGCAGCUUCUGCCCACCACACCUUGUAUUUUCUCUCCAUUAGUGGCCUGGGAUGCUGUAUUGGCUCUAAAUCCAAUUGCACUUAAUUACCCCAAGCAUGUACAGCAGUGUAAAAAGUGCCCCCAGCUAAGCACCCUGUAUAAAGAUGUACAGUUUGAAUUUUGGACCUUUCUUUUAUUUUUUUUUUAUCCCAAGAAUCUCGUGUGAGCAUCGGCAAGGCUGGCCAAGGCCGAACGGGCAGGUUAACCCUCUGGUUCACAUUUCUGUUGCAGGCUGCUAAAAUAUCCUUCUUCAGAAACAGAAUGUAUCUUAAAAUAAACUGAUUCCUCCCCAGGA